UCACAGAAUGCAGCGGGAAAAAGAAUAAGCGCUGCUUUUUGAGGGAUGGAGGUGGGGGUUCCCCUUUAAGAACAGGGCGUAUCCGCUGUUUGGGAAUCAGGAAACAACGUUGAUGUUUGCGGCGUUUGUCCCUCCUUUUAUCUUAUUAUAGUGACCACGGUUGGCGGUGACCACAGCGCCCAACGGCCGCCUGUCACUACUACACUACCAGCCCGCCGGCUCGCCGCUGUCCUACCCAUCAAUGGCCGAUUCAGCCAUCGUAACGCCGAGUCAGAAUACAGUCCCUGGAAAAGACGGACGAGGAGGGGCCAACCCAGACUACACCGCCUUUGUGCUGGUGCCGGUUUUUUUCCUCCUGGGCCUGCUAGGGGUGGUGAUCUGCCACAUACUGAAGAGGAAGGGCUAUCGGUGCACCACCGAGGCCGAGGAUGAGGGCGAGAAGGAGGGCGAAGAAGUAGAGAGGGAUCUUGAGCUGGGCGGAGACCUGAAUGACACCUUCAGUGACAACAACGACACAGUUGGACAGAUUGUUCACUAUAUCAUGAAAAAUGAAGCAAAUUCGGACGCCCUGAAAGCCAUGGUUCAUGAAAACAGCAUCGAUUCUGACGGUCCUCCCCUCACCCCGACCUCACCCGGAACCCCGACCCCUCCCUUGACUCCCGUAUCACCGGGGGCGCCCCCGGGAGCCGCCAAGCACACCUGCAACCACCUGCACACCAUCGGGGGUAUGGGCAGCAACAAGAACAUCUGCACCCGCUGCAGCCAGAAGAAAUGGCCGCUGAUGAGGAGGCCGUCGCCCCGCAAGACGGAGCAGCGCCGCAGCCACUGCGGAGAGGUCACGGUCCUGGCUGUCGGCAGGUUCCGCGUGACAAAGUGUGAAAAACCAGCCAGGGAGAGGCGGACGUUGCUAAUAACAGAUUCCAACGGGAGCGUCCCGACGUCUCCGACAGAAGCGGCGCCUAGGAGCCGGGCGACGUCUGAGUCCCAGGAGGAACAGACGGACAACUUGGACAAAGAGAAAUGAUAGAAAUCCAGCUUUCCAAAGAGAGAAGAAAAACUAUAUCUGGACACUUUUAAAAACCCAAAUGAGAACAUUAAAACAUCAGCACUGGAGGGAGGAAGAGGAAGAGGAGGAGGAGGAGGAGGAGAAGACUCAAUCCGGGAAUCGUCCCUGCGUAUUCCCGCUCCACAGGGAGCGAAAACGUGCUGCUGAUGGUGACGACGGUGAAAUACAGAGUCACACUAGAGAGUUAUUUUACAAACAGAAGCGGGGAACGUGUGUCUGUUUGAGAUACACUUCAUCUCCCCCCCCAAAAACACAGAGAUUUACAUUAGUGCCUUGUUCAAGGGCAGCUGCUUGACGUCAUGGGAGCUUGAACCAGAGCUUUCCCAAUGAACUAAAGUCUUAUUACUCAAUACGCAGAUGUGGCCCUUGACGUUUGUACAUAAUUAUAAUUAUAUAAUAAGUUGUGUGUGGAGGUACAGAGGAGUUUUUGCAUGCCGUCAGCCAGUGAAUUUAUAAAACUAGACUUCAGAAAACAGGUACAGCCAGUCUGAGAUAAAAGGUGUAGGUUGUCAUUCACAAACAGGAACAAGGAACAACCUGACGUAGUGGCCACAGAUCCAGGAAGUAGACCGUAGCGACAGUAGAUGUGAUAAAACAGUAAAGCAGCGGUAAUCUUAUCCUGUGACAGAGUGAGCAUGGAGUCAGUGUUCCUGAUGUCAGGAUGAUUAAGCAUGUUGCAAGGUCAGUGUUUUUUCCAACUGAUGAUUCAGCUCCUCAUUGUUGAGCUUCCAAUCGGACUUCUUUAAAAAAAAACCAGAAGAAAAUGCAGUAUUCAGGGUCGAACAUUAAUGUUUAGAUGGUUUUUUUUAGCUGUAAAGCUCUUGGUGACAGUGUUAUUUUGUCAAACGCAAACCUUAAAAACCUGCAAUAACUUUUUUGGCCACUCGGGGGCAGCACAACAAGCUUUAAACACAAUUUUGACACAUUAUUGUUAGCAAACAAUUUUCACAUCCAGCAGACGUGGAGCAACACUAGCACUUAAUUUGAGUCGUGUUUUUGUCUACUUGAAUGUAAAUCUGAUAUUCCAUCUCCUUUUUAGCUUUGUUCUGCUCUCCACCAACUCUUAAUGGAAACAUCUGGCUCUUUAGCCGCUAAAUGGUCCUCUAUGUUCACCAGCUAGCCGCUAACUUUGUUUAUCUGUCAUGUGGCGCUGAGCAGGUAGUUUACAGUGGGGUUUACCAGAGCUUUUUCCCCCACUGAAAACAGCUGCCUGCUACGGCGAGAAGCUGAGAGUGAAUCAAAACGUUCAGUUUGUAGACUUUAAAACCAAAAUAAGCUGAAAGACGCUAAAACGUUCUGUAGAGCUGCCAGAGCUGCAUAGUCAGAUGAUUCUUUGUGAGUUCAUCACUACAAAAAAAACAACCUCUUUCAUAUUACACUUAGCUAUUUGACUCAUUGAUAAAAUAAAUAUUUUGCAGCCACUUAGAGUGGACUUGUGCUAAAACGUAUCCUUAAUAACAGACUAUAAUUUAUAGAUGUAUCAUUAUAUUGAGUAAGAUUUAUGACAUGUAAAACAUGGAUAUGACUAAGAACCACAGAGCAAAUUGCUUUUACUCUUUCAUUUUAUAUUAAUUUUGUCAAGUGUCUACUGGCUUCCUGCAGUGCGUAUAGAAUGGAUUAAUUUAUCUGAUAAAGCCAAAUGAAGCUACUUAUUUAACUUAGUCUGGAUUUAUCUUUUUACCACAAGCUGCCUGUAAAUUCAUCAUUGUGCUUGAAGGCUCACGAGCAGAUAACUGUACAAAAAAAGACUUAAUCCGUCAUGGAUUAUCUAUCAGUCGGCCCACCUGGAAGUAAGCCUUACUUUUUUACUUAUGAAACGUGCCUUUCAUUUCUAAGCAUGUGUAUGUGAAGGGCAGUGAUCAUGUGCUGUUGUUCACGACGUGUUUACAGUGUCAAGAAUCAUUUGUUGUUGCGAGCAAAUUUCACUGAACGACUAACAUGUCAGAGAAGAAAAAAAAAACGUUUUUAGUCACGUUCAUGUUACCUCCAAGAAAUGUGGUCUUGUGUGUGUGUGUGUGUGUGUUUGUGUGUUUGUAUGUGAGAGAGAGAUGCAGAUGUGUGUGCCACACGCUGAUGUAAAAUUAUUUUUGUAUUUCCCCCUCCGGUAAUGCAAGUUUCAUUACUUUUAACAUAAUCAGUCCAUUCAUAAGUUUAAAAAAUACAGAUUUCAGAGAAACAUAAUAGGUUAUAAAUUUAUUAGCCAUAAUUCUAUAAACAGCCAAAUCAGAUGAGUUUUUUUAUGCUUGUUGACACUCUUGGUAUAAAACCUGUAAUUGGGGUCCAAUUUGUCAGGAUUAACCAAAUUAAACCAGAGCAGAGAGUGCAGCGAAGCGUCUACCUCUUUUCUCCUCACGUAGAAAAAACCGAGGGAACAACAUCAAGGCUGGUUCAGACAUCAGAGCGAAGAGUUAAAGCCAGUCUUCCUCUGAGACUGAACCCUGACUGAGACAAAAUCAGCGAAAACAUCUGAUCUAAACUUCACAUUUUACGUAUGUUAAGUGUUGAUAUAGAGUUUGUGAAUGUCACAUCAUUGUGCCUCUUUUUAAUGAAUCACGCACAUGUUUGUUAUUCAUUUUUUGGGGGGGCAGUUUGCUGUGUUUUUAUUGUUGUAUAAUGUAAAAAAAAAAA